AUGGGGUUUCCGUUCAAAGGAACAGAUGCUUCUGUUUCUGCUACGUCCGAGAUCACAUCCAGUCCAAUCGACGAUGUUACACCUAAAUCGUCUGAUGAGAAGCUCCCCCAUGUCGAUGUGUCCACCACCACGGCGAGUCUUGACAAGAUUCAUCACUCCCAUCAAUUGGAUUCCGAUUCCACCCAAGAAAAACCCGAUAUCGUUAAAUCGAUAAUUGAGCAAGGCGAUAUCAAGGAGAUUACCGAAGACGACUCAUCGUUUACGGAGAAUUCGCCCUAUGAGGAAGUGCGCGCUGCCGUGCGCAAUACCGAUGGUGGAGAGGUUGCUUGUACCGUGAGGGCGUGGAUACUUGGGAUGAUCUUCGUCACCAUCGGUAGUGGUUUAAACAUGUUAUUGAGUAUGCGAAAUCCACAGGUUAAUUUCCCGGCCUUGGUUGUUGUGCUAGUGGUUUAUCCUGUCGGGUCUCUCUGGGCAAAGGUCAUGCCGACGAGAGUGUUCAAUACGUUUGGUCUGCAAUGGACUUUGAACCCCGGGCCUUUCACUAUCAAGGAACAUGCCGUCGUCACCAUCAUGUCGAACGUCUCAAUAUCGUACGCCUAUUCCACAGACGCGCUGCUUGCGCUUCAAGGGAAACCGUUCUAUAACAUCAACUUGGGUUGGGGCUUCGCUAUAAUAUUCACCCUCAGCUCGCAGCUAAUUGGCAUCGCGUUAUCCGGAAUGUUCAGGCGCUUUCUCAUUUGGCCCGCAGCGAUGUUGUGGCCCAAUCAGUUCUCAUAUACUUCACUUUUCUACGCUCUUCACGAUAAAAGUAAAAGCGACGGUACCACUUCCAAUGGAUGGACCAUCAGCCGUUAUCGGUAUUUCUUCAUUGUAACGGGAGCUAUGUUUUGCUAUUAUUGGAUACCAGCUGUGCUGUGGCAGGGUCUUUCAGUCUUCGCUUUCAUAACUUGGAUUAAGCCAGAUAAUAUCGUACUCAAUCAAUUAUUCGGUGGAUACACAGGGCUCAGUCUCAUUCCAAUUACCGUCGACUGGACCUACGUUUCUGCGUACCUAUACGAUCCUCUCUUAGCACCCACCGCGUCUCACGUUAAUACGCUGUUAGGUCUGAUCUUUUUUGUCAUCAUAGCGACGAUUGGUAUCACCUACACUGGUGCUCUGUAUUCCGAGUAUCUUCCGCUCGUAACAUCGCAGACAUACGACAAUACGCAAAACGCUUACAGCGUGCAGAAGAUCCUAGGAGAGAACUUCACUCUCGAUCUGAACAAGUAUCGCCAGUAUUCGCCACUAUUCUUGUCCCCCACACUAGCUUUGAAUUACGGCCUUUCCUUUGCUGCCUUGACAGCAUCCCUCGUCCACAUUGGCCUUUUCCACGGAAAAGAAAUUUGGUACCGAUUCAAGACGGCUCGUAAUCAGGAACCAGACAUACACCUCAAGCUAAUGAAAAAGUAUGCCGACGCCCCUGAAUGGUGGUACAUAUCGCUUCUUGCACUCUCCCUCGCAAUGGGUCUUGCAACGGUCCUCGGCUACGACUCGCAAUUACCAUGGUGGGGUUUUUUCAUAUCCAUCAUUCUGGCGAUGGUUUUCGUGAUCCCGACAUGCAUGAUAUUAGCGAUAUCAAACAUACAGCUAUCUUUAAACGUGAUCUCGCCGUUCAUAGCGGGAUUUAUAUUUCCAGGUCGCCCGAUCGGUGUGAUGAUUUUCAAGGUCUUUAGUACGAUUACAUUAGGACAGGCCCAAACUUAUGUACGUGACAUGCCCCAUCUCAGCUUUACACUUACCCCCUGUUCUGAUCUUAAGAUGGCACAUUACAUGAAAAUCCCGCCCAAAGUCACGUUUUGGUGCCAAGUGAUAGCAAGCAUAUGGGCUGUCUUCGUACAGAUUGCUGUGAUGAACUGGACAUUGGGGGCUAUUCCGGAUGUUUGCUCCAAUACACAACCUAGCCACUUCACUUGUCCCAAUGGACGAGCAUUUUUCUCGGCAUCGAUUGUAUGGGGUGUCCUUGGUCCCGAGCGAAUGUUUGGUCCGGGUUCGAUGUAUGCCAACUUCAGCUGGUUCUGGCUUAUCGGAGCUGGAUUUCCGGUUGUGCUAUGGUUCCUCAGCCGCAAGUUGAAGAUCGGUUUCACACGUCACCUCAACGCACCCAUCAUGUUUGGCGCUAUGAGCUGGUUACCUCCAGCCACUCCAAUUAGUUUCUCAUCAUGGGCGAUCUUCGGUUUGAUAUUUAACUACUGGAUACGAAAGAAAUUUAGCGGGUGGUGGAAGACGUACAAUUACAUUACCGCUGCGGCGCUUGACGCAGGACUUAUCUUAUCGACCAUCGUCAUCUUCUUCGCGAUUACGCUCCCUGGGGUCACCAUACCGCAGUGGUGGGGAAAUGUAGAUGUUUUCAAUACGGCGGAUGCCUCGUACACAGCAUGGCUCAAGACGGUACCGGAAGGUGAGACAUUCGGCCCAGCGACGUGGUAG